AAUUCAGUUCAGGUUCAUGCGUCGUAUGAGGUGGGCGGAAAAUAAAAUUCUUCUUGGUUUUUGCGGCAAAGAAAUUAGUCUAUCAGCCCGGUGAUCCCGGACAUCCGCUAUGGGUUACCGGGGCAUCCCGGGCCUCCUGGCUGCCUUCCUCUGCCUCCUGUACUUAGGGGCGGGGUCGGCUAGGGAACCCCCCUUCGGCACUUCAGAGAGGUGCAAUGUGGCCCCUCCCUGGUCCCUUCGGCAUGCUAACCAAUGGCGACAGCCCAUGCUGGAGAACCGUGGACAAGUGACGGUGGUGGCGCUGCUACAAGCCAGCUGAGGUUUCUGCCUGACGCAGGCCUACUAUUUGGAGGACAUGCGCAGGCAGUACAUAUCUCGAUACAACAUAACCGAUAUCAAUUUUAUCGUCAUCAAUGCUGGCGACAUCCGAUCGCGUCUCAGCCAUCACAGGCUCCGUAGUCUGGGUUCGUACGAUCUCUAUCAGGAUUAUGCACCCCUGUCACACUCAGAAACAUCCCAGUCACACCCAGGAACCUCGCAGUCACAUCAGGAUGAUAGUGUAUGGAAUCUUCUGAAUGGAGAAAAGGAUGAUUUCUUGAUAUAUGACAGGUGUGGCCAGUUAACCUAUCACAUCCCCUUGCCCUACUCCGCUCUGAGGUAUCCCUUCGUUCAGAUUGCCAUUGAGUCCACCUACACUGGCAGACACCCUUGUAACUGCUCUGCGGAUUACCCAACUACCACGGUAACACCUAGUACAGAACAGACUAAAACGACAUCUCCCUCAUCUUCACCGCCUGUCGUAGUGGGGCCAGAUACCCAGCUCUGAAGCGAAGCAGAGCUUACAGCAUGCCAAGAGAGACAGCAACAACAGCAACUGAUGGAGCAGGAAGAAGGCGUCACCAACGACAGACAAAGGUGAUGCUGAUGCUGAUCGGGAGAGGUGCGCCUGGUUUCAUGACGUCCUCUCGCUGGGGUAUCAUCCCAGCUGAAUCGGAUCCGUGGAUCAAGGUGAUGCUGACCUAACCAGCAAAGCGACGUAGCCGCUUCCUCCACUUCCGCCGCUCCCUCGCCGUCCAGCCCCAGUUCAACCGUGUCCCCUCAGCAAUGACAGCCAUGAGAAACAUCGACAACGUCCUCUUGACGUCAAGGUGAAGGUCAACUGUGACAGCAGCAGCCCUCAAAGAGCUGACAACCUUGAGACACUGCCACCACCACGUCACCAUGACAUCAGGUUCAAGGUCAACUGUGACAGCAGCAGCCUUCAAGGAGCUGACAACCUUGAGACACAGCCACCACAACGUCACCAUGACGUCAAGGUCAAGGUCAACUGUGACAGCAGCAGCCUUCAAGGAGCUGACAACCUUGAGACACAGCCACCACAACGUCACCAUGACGUCAAGGUCAAGGUCAACUGUGACAGCAGCAGCCUUCAAGGAGCUGACAACCUUGAGACACAGCCACCACAACGUCACCAUGACGUCAGGGUCAAGGUCAACUGUGACAGCAGCAGCCUUCAAAGAGCUGACAACCUUGAGACACCACAACAAAAGAAUGACGUCAGGGUCAACUCUGAAAAGGCCGAAGCUCAUGUCGUCAAUGACAAUGAUAAACUGUCUGUUGAUUUAAAGGACCACAGUAAUUUCAGUUUCAAAACAAAAAUCUUUGAAAAUUUAUUAUUUUAUAAAGAAUUCCCACAUACAAAAGUGAAGUUAAUAAUGUUUCCUAUUAAUUUCUUUUUCCGGCUGCCUAAUUUUCAUAAUGUUAGAAAAUAUUUUGAAAGUAACAAAAACGAAUUGAUUUAAAAAAAAAAAUUAAUUAAUUGUUAUUUAUCUUGGUCCAUUCAAUUACCAGAGACCCCAGAACCUUUUCUCGCGCAAUAUUUGAUUGCAUAUCCGUAGCCAUUCAUGAAGGUACGCAGACAAACCGAAAGGCUCUGUUACCAGAUUCUUUAUAGUGCUAGAAGGGCAUGCACUCCAAUAUUCGCCUUACUUUCUUUUGAAAGGAUUAUUAUAAGUUUUAAAACUUGUUAGCUUUUUAUUACGUAUCACUCAUUAAUGAUUUACAUGUAACAUUAUGCAAUUAAUUUCCCAAAGAAGUGUAAUCCCAGACAACUGUCGUCCCCUCUCGCCUCUUUCAUGUGCUGCCUCUUUUCAAAUACUUAUUUCCAACACCAGGUUAUUCUUUAAAAGGUACAAUCAUUUUGUGAGUGCAAAAUAAUAUACUUAAUUCAAACUGGUUAAAUAAUUUUAAUUCAUGUUUUUGUCAGUAUUAUUUCCGUCCAAUUGUCAUGUGUGCUUUUAAAGCAUGUUCAGUUUCAAAGCAAUUAUGGUUUUACCACAAGAUAUGUGUGUCAUGUUUAUUUUAAUGAAAUUUAGACUCAUCUAGUUGUUAUGGUUUAUGAUAUUUCAUAUAAUGUAAAGAUUUCAUUCUCAAGAUUUAAAUAAAGAUUAGGAUAUAAUUGUCAGUUUUAUAGUUUUUAUAGUUCACACUUAUUUCCGAUGUCCCAUGUAGAAAAAUCAGAAUCUGUGUUUCAUUUUGUCGCUAGUUUUGUUCGUUUUAGAAAUUUUCAUUGGGUGCUUCGGGACUGUCUUUCCAUGUAAACGAAUAUUAAGCGUUUAUGGUCUAAGGUAAGAGGAAGAUUAAGAUUAAGAGUAGCAACACAGAGUCUUUAUAUGGAUGGGAUAUUUCCCUUCAGCUUUGAUUUUUUUUAAAGGGAUGUAUUCUUUCUAACAGCAUGGAAGAAUAUAAACCUGGGUGGAGAGAGGUAAUGCAGAUAAACUUAAUUCUUAACCCGACAGCUAAAACUGGAUGAAAUUCCCUCAAACGAAGAUGAAGGCUUUUAACUUUGUAUCCAUUUAUUCAAGUCAGGAACUGCUUUUAAGGGGAAGUCCAACUAGAUAAAGCAAAUGCUCUUAAACCUAAUAGAAUGUGGAAUAACUAUACUGUUGAAAUGUUGGUUAAAUUAUGAUUGAAAAUAGGAAAUUUAUUUAUUUUAAAGGUGUGAAUCACAAAAUUCAAUAAAAUCAAGAAUUUAUAUAUUUUUAUUUUUUAUUUUCAAUCAACAUUUACUCUAAAUUUCACUUGUCCCUCUUAUUUUGUUUUUCUUUUUUUUUCUGAAGGACUUCCUCUUUUAAAAAAACCCAUGACGUUCUCUUCUUCUUUUCACCCUCUUUAUUUUCUUUUCACAUUCCCAUCUUCUUCAUUUUUGGUCAUAAACUAAAGGUAUAUAUAGCAAAAUAGUUAUAGCUAAGAAAAUAGUCUUUUCAUUUCUUCUGUAAUGUAAAAUUGUCUCUUGUUCCAUUUUGCUCUUUCCUAAAUUUCCAUUUUUGUAUUGUGCUUGUAAAGAUUAUUGGAAUUAGCUGUAACUAUGUUCAUAAUAUUGUGUAUGUUGUAUGUACUGGUUUAAAUCAAACCCAGGACUUUCUCUCUUUUCAAAAUCGUGUAUUCAUGACAAACAUUUGAUAACCCACGCAUGCGUGGAUCAAAUGUAUUGAAAAAAUAACACAUUUAUGGAAAGGAGAGAAAAGAUUGGUGGAUUUGGGAGUAUUUUUUGUCUGAAAUGAAUGUAUUGAGUAAAAAUAAGACAUUAAA